AUUUUGAUUUGCUUUCAAUUUGGGUUUAAAUAAGAGUGAGGGUCUCGCAGGUUAGCUUAUAAGCCGCCGCCUUGAAAAUCCAGAAGGCCAUUUUUGUUGGUGAAAGGUGAAGAAGAAGAAGCAGAGACAAAAACGAUUAUGAAGUACGUUUUGGUGACAGGAGGAGUGGUGAGUGGUCUUGGCAAAGGUGUCACUGCUAGUAGCAUUGGACUUCUCCUUCAAGCAUGUGGUCUUCGUGUCACUUCCAUUAAAAUUGAUCCUUAUCUUAACACUGAUGCUGGAACAAUGUCUCCGUUUGAGCAUGGAGAAGUAUUUGUAUUGGAUGAUGGUGGAGAGGUGGAUUUGGACCUUGGAAACUAUGAACGAUUUUUAGACAGUACAUUGACCCGUGACAACAAUAUAACUACUGGAAAGAUAUACCAGUCAGUUAUUGACAAGGAAAGGAAGGGGGACUACCUCGGAAGAACUGUACAGGUUGUUCCUCAUGUUACUGACGCAAUCCAAGAGUGGAUUGAGCGUGUAGCUAAUGUUCCUGUGGAUGGAAAGGAAGGUCCUCCUGAUGUUUGUGUCAUCGAAUUAGGCGGGACUAUAGGUGAUAUUGAAUCUAUGCCCUUUAUUGAGGCCCUUGGUCAAUUCUCGUAUAAAGUUGGACCUGGUAAUUUCUGCUUGGUUCAUGUCAGCCUUGUGCCUGUUCUCAGUGUUGUUGGUGAACAGAAGACGAAGCCAACCCAGCAUAGUGUGCGAGGCCUCAGGAGCCUUGGUUUGACACCAAAUAUCCUAGCAUGUCGCAGCACGAAGGCACUUGAAGAAAAUGUCAAGACAAAACUAUCUCAAUUUUGCCAUGUGCCGGAAGUGAAUAUAGUAACGCUCUAUGAUGUUCCAAAUAUUUGGCACGUUCCUCUGCUUUUAAGGGAUCAAAAAGCUCAUGAAGCGAUCCUAAGAGAGUUAAAUCUUAGUAAUGCUAUAAAGCCUGACUUGACAGAAUGGACUGCAAGGACUAAAAUUUAUGACACACUGCAAGACCCUGUGAGAAUAGCUAUGGUUGGAAAGUACACUGGCCUUACUGAUUCUUACCUUUCCGUGUUGAAGGCCCUUUUGCAUGCUUCUGUUGCAUGUCACAAGAAGCUUGUCAUAGAGUGGGUUGCAGCUAGUGACCUUGAAGAGAUAACUGCACAAGAGACGCCAGAUGUCCAUAAGGCUGCAUGGGAUCUUUUGAAGGGUGCUGAUGGUAUCCUAGUACCAGGAGGGUUUGGUGAUAGAGGAGUGCAAGGGAAGAUACUUGCUACAAAGUACGCCCGUGAAAAUCAAGUCCCUUUCCUUGGCAUAUGCCUGGGAAUGCAGCUGGCUGUUGUUGAAUUUGCCCGCUCCAUUCUUGGUUUUCACGAUGCAAACAGCACAGAGUUUGAACCAGAAACUUCAAGCCCUUGCAUCAUAUUUAUGCCAGAAGGAUCCACAACUCAUAUGGGGGGCACAAUGCGCUUAGGGUCAAGGAAGACUUACUUCCAGGUUGCUGAUUGCAAGUCUGCCAAGCUGUACGGUAAUGCAAAGUUUGUAGAUGAGCGACACAGGCACAGAUAUGAGGUAAAUCCAGAUAUGAUAUCAGAAAUUGAGAAGGCUGGCCUCUCCUUUGUUGGGAAAGAUGAGACUGGGCGUCGUAUGGAGAUUGUUGAACUACCAAGUCAUCCAUACUUUGUGGGUGCUCAGUUCCAUCCUGAAUUCAAGUCCAGACCUGGGAAACCUUCUGCAUUGUUUCUAGGUCUUAUCGCAGCAGCGUCUGGGUGUCUAGAAUCAGUAUUGCAAACAGGUGGCAAGGUGAACAUAGUUUCGAAAAAUGGAGUAGCCAAUGGAUCUGCAAUGGGGAAAGUUCAUCAGAACGGCAAUGUCUAUAGCAAUGGAAACGGGCUUCACCACUGACUCGAGAAAGGAACAAUUUUACUGCACUUUUUAAGCUUUUUUGCUUUUAAUCAAAGCUUUCUUUAAGCAAGUCGACAUGUAUAGUCCCUGAGUUUUGUUUCCUUGUCUUGAAAACUUGUUUGGUUUCGUUGUUAGGGUUUGGGGAGAGACAUGGAUAUGAAUGUGCUUCCUGUUCUUGGGUUACUUUUUACCUUUCAUAGCUAAAAACUAAUAAAGAUCUAUAUUCUAGUUUCUUCUGGCUCGUUGAAUAAUAACAAAAAUUUGCAGUUUGUGUUUUGUAACUAAUAGGUGCUUUCAACAACUUAAGUAAAGAUAAUAUCCAAGAACUUUGAAUGUUACAUUUUUCUGUCUUUAUUGUAUCGCUCAAUUUAUUUUUCCCAUAGAACUUGUCAAGCUAAAUCUUUUCGUACUUUUUAGUGUUCAUGUUUUUGCAGCCAUCCGAGCUGCGUCUGUUUUAUCUUUUUUUUUUGGCUUUCCUUACAAAAACCUGAACUGAUCUGUUUAGUUCUUUGCACACUGUUUCUCAUCGAAGUCGAGCCAUGAACCACCAAAUGAAUGACAUCAACAGCGUAAACGCGAAAGCGGGCUGAGAAUCGUUUCUUGAAACUCCAUUAGCUGAGCCGGCGUUUUCGGAAGGUUCAUCAGCAGCAGCACCAGGAGCAGAGGAUGGUGGCUCGUCAAAAUCUUGACCAUCAUCAUUAGGUGAUUCUGCAGGGCGUGGUGGAGAUGAUACCGGUGACAAAGGAGAAGCAGUAGGUGCAUUAUCACCUUUAACAUCAAUCAUUAUAGCACUACUAAUAUGAAGCACAGAGAUGUUAAACGGUAGUGCUGCUACAGUGUCUUGAAGCUGAGCAUCAAGGCUAGACCCAGGAACCGCAGAACCAAACGCCACGUCUCCGUUUUUCAUAACGGUUGCGUUCAAGAACCCUUGUUGGCCUCUGGCUAGACCGCUAGAUUGGAAAAGAGUGGUGAGGAGUACUGUUUUCUUGCUCAGAUUCUUGAGUUUCUUCUGGUCGUAGUAAUCUAAAACAAUGUGAAGGCUAAGGAUUUUCUUGAUGACGGAGGUUGGUUGGCCAGAGAGAGAGGAGAGUGCACCGUUGGAAACCACAAGGACGGUUAUGGUUUGACGUUUGUUGAUGGUAGAAGCGAGCUGAGUUUCGGAGAGAAGCUGGUUGAAAUUUGAGAAAUCAUCGUGCUCGUUUAAGAUGUUAGUGAUGUUGAAUGAAUUUGAUGAAGUGUAGAGGAAUGUGGAAGCAAAAAAGAAGAAGAAGAUUGUAAGUGAAGAAGACAUUGUUGUGACUUGUGAAUCGCUUGAUGAGU